CCCACACCCACACACACACACCCACACGCACACGCGCGCACGCGGUGAGACAGCGGCCGUCGUGUGCCGCCUGUCGGGGCGGUGCGAAGCGGUCUGCGGCCCGGGCAGUCUGCGCUGGCCAUGCGGGGAGAGGAUGGGGGAAGCGCCAAGAGUUUCUCCGCUCAAGAACUUCGUGGCUGGGGGAGUCGGCGGAGCCUGCCUGCUGCUGGCCGGACACCCGCUGGACACCAUCAAGGUGAGGCUACAGACGCAGCCCAAAGCCUCCUGCACUCAGUACGUCCUCUACACGGGAACGUAUGACUGCUUUCGCAAGACCGUAUCCAAAGAGGGCAUCCUUGGCCUCUAUAAAGGAAUGGGGGCUCCCCUGGCGGGCGUGGCUCCCAUGAUGGCCAUCAGUUUCUUUGGCUUCGGUCUGGGGAAACAGCUCCAGCAGACAGAUCCUGGCAAACCCCUAACACACACUCAGAUAUUCUUGUCUGGCUGUCUGGCAGGAGUCUUCACUACAGUGAUUGUGGCUCCAGGAGAGAGGAUCAAAUGCUUACUGCAGGUGCAGGCUAGCAGCGGCAAGUCGAAGUAUGCAGGUCCACUUGACUGUGCGGUCAGGCUCUAUAAGGAGCAGGGGAUACGCAGUGUCUACAAAGGGACUGUGCUUACUCUCAUCAGAGAUGUGCCUUCUAAUGGUCUGUACUUCCUAACAUAUGAAUAUCUCAAAAACUUCCUGACACCUGAGGGUCAAAGUGUUUCUCAGCUCAGCACUCCCAACAUCCUCCUGGCCGGUGGUGUAGCAGGGAUAUUGAACUGGAUGAUCGCUCUUCCUCCAGAUGUCCUCAAAUCCAACUUCCAGACAGCUGCGGAUGGGAAAUACAGAGGCCUGGUGGACGUCCUGAGAACGCUGCUUCGAGAAGAAGGACCUAAAGCCCUCUAUAAAGGAUUUAACGCUGUCUUUUUGCGAGCCUUCCCCGCCAACGCGGCCUGUUUUUUGGGUUUUGAGGUGGCACUAAAGGGAUUAAACAUGCUCGCACCCGGUUGGUGAAACAAGCCAGUUGGUUAGGAGGAGUCCGCGACUGGCCGCCAGUCCGGACCAGCCUCUCCCUGAGACGAAGCUCUCGCCUGAAUUACAGCUAUUUCUUUGUACCUCAAACUGUGUUUCCUGUCUCUGGAGUCACAUUUCAGGACGGUGAAAUGUAAGGAAUUUUUGUAUUCUUAAAUGUAUUUUUGCAUUUAAUUUUACAAAUUAAUUAUUUUUGAUUGUCAUCCUUUUCAACCGUGAUUUUAUACUCACUUUUUGUGGGCGAUAGUAUAAUGUAUACACACAUUUAUGAAUGUAUGAUUUUGAGAUAUAGUGUUCUUGUUAAUAUUGUUGGGAGGGUUCUCAGCCUUUUCUGACUUUUUAAAUGUACAAAUUAUGAUGUUUGUAAAAUGUCAGAUAAUAAAUUUAGUCCCAUUUAGUUUAAUAUGGAUUUCAGUAUUUUUUUAAACUACAAACUCUGCCAAAAGUCAGUAUGAAUCGAUCCAGGGCUGAAUGGGUUGGUUUGGCCUGUGUCAAGGCGCGGGGGAGUUCUGUAAGCUUUGUGAAUAAAGCGUUUUAAUAAAGAGUUUUAAAUUUACCA